AAUGAAAUUCACAAGUCAUCAGUUCCAAUUUGUAUAUUCCAAAGGCACACCUUCAACAUCUCUUCCUAUAUAUCCUACCGUUCUUUAUAACUUAUAGAAACUAUGUCUCAACAUACCGAGGAAGUCGUCUGCCCUAUCCUUUCCUGCGACCAAUUAUACACCGGAUCUCGAGCCAAAGACAGCCUCCGCGACCACAUGUUCAUAUCUAGUUCUAAAUGCAAAGAGCACUUUAGAGAGUAUAAAGAUCGGUACCCGUUUGCACGCAGGAAACCAGGUACAGUCUACCCUUGCGAAGUUUGCAAAAAUGUAUUUGGCAAGACCUCUUGCCUGAAAAGACAUAUGGAGACCCACAAGGAGACGAGGUACCCGUGUCCUAGUUGCGAUAAAAGCUAUGCUGAGAAGCGGAAUAUGGUUGAGCAUCUGGUGAAGGGGCGAUGUCGUGGUGAUCCUCGUUGGAGAAGUAGAGAUUCAACACUAAGCUCUAGCGCGGAGGUAUCAAGGGCCGCUUCGGAAGAACCGACUACCAACCGUACCACAUGGGACGUUUCAGCCGUUAUUGAGAACACAUAUAACGGCGUAAUUGCUUCAAAUGUUGAUUUCAUCACGACGAAUCGUGAUGAUUAUCUUGCUACAGAAUAUAUACAAAUGUCUUCUUUAUCGACCUCGAUGCAGCAAUAUGACGACCAUCCGGCGUCCAGAUCAACCUUCAUGCUACGUCCAAAUGCUGUGUACCUGGUCCAUUAAUCUACCCAAACAAACCGAAUUACACCAUGACAGUUUAAUUGGGUGCCUCAGUCUCCGUUAUAUUCCCGAGACGAGCAGAGCCGUCAAUCCUGGCCCAAUCUCAAUCUCAGUGGGAAUGUACCAAGCCCAUCCGACCUUGAAUUCGGGUCCAAACGUGAGUGGAC